GUGGUAGGCCUGGUCACCAUCCUGAUGUCAGUACUGGUUUGCGAGCUGCAGAAGAGAAGAUGUAUACACUAACAGAUUUUCUGUUAUUUGCAGAAAUUGAUAAUAUCAACCCAUACGUGUUACUGCAAUUUUGCAAGAAGAGUAAGCUGGCACAUAAGAUUCGGCGUUAUGGAGAGCUUUAUGAAUCAACAGUGAAAAUACACCCAGAGAAAAAAGGUGGUCUGAAAGCUCUUCUCAGUGAAAUGGUCCAUGCCAGUUCCAAAAAUGGAAUUAAAGGAAAAGUUUCAACAGAGCAAACACCCUUGCAAAAUACUGAGAGGAAGGAAACCUCUUUUGGGAAUCCACUACCAUCUAUAGUGUCAUUCCUUGAAGCCUUGACAACAAAGAGUGAUGAUGGGCGAGUGCUGGUGUCCAUAAACACAGUGCUUGGGAAGGGCAGACUGCGCUUCAUGCUACUCAACCCUGCUGCACACAUAGAGCCCAUCAUCAAGUUGCCAAGGUGUGUAAUAGUCGCAGGGGGCACAAUGCAGCCUAUUUCUGAAUUCAGGAACCGCCUAUUUCUGGCAGCAGGUGGUUCUCCAGAACGAGUGAUGCAGUUUUCUUGUGGUCACAUAAUCCCACAAGAAUCUAUUUUGCCUAUAGCUGUGACUUGUGGACCAUCCGGUGCUGAGCUGGACUUUUCCUAUCAGCAUCGUGAGAAGCAUAAUCUGAUGCAGGAUCUUGGCCGUAUUCUUGUGAAUGUUUGCAAUAUAGUUCCAGCAGGUGUUGUCUGCUUUUUUCCCUCUUAUGAUUAUGAAAGCAAAAUAUAUGCAUUUCUGAAAGAAAAUGGGUUUAUUGAAAAAAUACAGCAGCGGAAACAGGUGUUUCGUGAGCCCAAGACUUCUGGUGCUAUAGAUAAAGUUCUAGAUGACUACGCACUCUGCAUAAAAAAAGCUUCCACAGGUGGUGGCAGGGGAGGAGCACUGAUGUUAAGUGUUGUUGGUGGAAAAUUGAGUGAAGGGCUGAAUUUUAAUGAUGAUUUGGGACGCUGCGUCAUUGUUGUUGGUCUGCCCUACCCAAACAUCAAAUCGCCUGAAAUGCAAGAGAAAAUGAUUUACCUUGACACUAAUGAGGGCAAGGGUGCUGGUCGGGAGUACUACGAGAGCCUGUGCAUGAAGGCCGUCAACCAGAGUGUGGGGCGGUCAGUACGGCACCGUGGUGACUAUGCAGCUGUGCUAUUGCUGGACCGACGCUAUGGCAGUGGCCAUGUGCAGGGUGGUCUGCCGGCCUGGGUGAGGGUGGUGCUGCAGACUAGUGACCGAUUUGGCCAUGUGCUCUCACAGCUAUGUAAGUUUUUCGUGGCCCAAGCAGCAAAAGCUGAAAGACGGUAACAGUAGUGUCAGCAUAGUCAGAAGCAGAGCCUAUUUAUUAAAAUACUCAAAGAAAAGACUGAAAACUAGGUGUAGAGUUAUCUCAAGUGAUCUACUUUUAAAAUAUAGUUCUUUUGAGGCUUAAUUAAAUAUAUUUUCUUUCCUCCUUCUUCUGUUACUGUCCGAAUAUGUACUGUUUCAUAGAUAUAUUGUAACUUGUGUAC